AAGCUAUUGGCGACACUGCUACAGCGUUGUGCAGAAGGAGAGAUUUACGCGGCAAACUGUUUCCGUAUCAUAAGAUUUUUUUUAAUAAUAGAAUGACGUUUCCACAAGCUCAUCAAGUUGAAUUGAUAGCACUGGCCGAACUAGCAGGGAUUUCAGCAGUUCCAGGAGUUUAUCGAAUCAUAUUGGAAUUAUUGACUCUUCAAAUAUCUCCAGAGGAUAUAUACGUCCUUUUAAAGCAAAUAUGUCCUCGACCAACAGAAAACCGAGCUGUUGAUAAUAUUGAAGGGGUACCUAAUGUAACUACAAAUUAAUACACAUAACAUAA